GCUGCAGCCGCUGCAGCCGCUGUAGGGAGUAAGCGGGCAGAGAGGAUGCUGAGGCCUGCCACCCUCACAACACAUCUAUCAUUUACCCGGGCCGACUAGGCUGUUCCGGGCUAUGGCGGCGCCGAUAGCACAUUUCGACGACGAGUGGCCGCAUUUGGGUGGUUUCAGCAUGGUUUCAGACCAGCUGCUGCCGCAGAAAGGCCGUGUAGCCGCCGCGGGGGAAGCGGCAGCUCCGCAGCUCCUCCUGGGUGAUGAUGAUGAUGAUGAUGAUCUCCCCGAGCUGCACGACAGCAGUCUCUCCCCGGGGGAAACCGGUGCCUUUAGGUCCAUGGAGGACCUGGUGAACGAUUUCGACGAGAAGUUGUCCGCUUGCUUCCGAAAUUUUAACGCCAAGACGGAAAGCAUCGCCCCCGUGAGUGAGAUCACCGAGGACUCACUGCUGGAGAGAGACGAGAUCUGGAACACUUUAACCAGUAACUACGGGCGCGUGAUGCCUGUGGAUUGGAAACAGUCUCGAACACGCACCCUACACGUCCCCACGUUCAACCUGGAGGAGAAACCAAGAAAGAGUGAUGUCACGGCGGAGCUGUCGGACGAUGAGGAGCUGAGGGAGCAGCUGGACAUGCACUCCAUCAUUGUCUCCUGUCUCGCCGAGGAGCCCCUUUUCACCGCAGAGCAGGUCAUCGAGGAGAUCGAGGAGAUGAUGCAGGACUCUCCUGACAUGGAGGCAGAGCAGAAUCCCUCUCAGUCGGACCUCUCGAUGCUCUCCCUGGACGUCCAGCACUCUAACACCAACCCUUUCUUCGAAGACAGGGUGAGGACCCUAAACGUUGCCGAGCUGAACGAGCGUCUGGAGGAGACGGAGACGGCCAUCAGGAGGUUCUCGGAGGAGCUGGUGCAGCAGCUGGCUCUCAGGGACGAGCUGGACUUUGAGAAAGAGGUGAAGAACAGCUUCAUCUCGGCUCUCAUCGAUGUACAAAACCGGCAGAAGGAGCACCGGGAGCUGCUGAAGAAGAAGAAGAAGCUGAAAGGGGGAGGCGGGACAUCGCAGGGUCUCGCGGAGAAGACGCUCGGAUCAUAUUUGACCACUGUCAUCCCUUACGAGAAAAAAGGACAUCCUCCAUCGAUAGAGGACCUCCAGAUCCUGACCAAAAUUCUACAAGCUAUGAGAGACGACAGCGACAAGGUGCCCAGUCUCUUAACAGACUAUAUUCUCAAAGUGCUUUGCCCAACGUAGACCAGAGGGAGCGUGCUGAACACUCAGGAGAGGCUUCAGGUAGUUCGUCAUGGAGAGAAGAUGAAGAGGACUCAUUGCAUUUUUUUUUUUUUGCAAACACAUGAAGCACACUUAAUUUAUUCCUGCAUGUUUUUACCUCAGGAUGUGUCUUUUAUUGUAUUCUGUUUUUCAUUUCGUUGUAUUUAUUUUAUUUAUUCUGAACCUUGUGUGUUCCUGUGAAUUUUUUGACAUCUUUUCAGUGUUUUUUGUCUUUCAUUGUGAAAGAGUGUCCUAAAAAUGUUAAAUUAUAUAGGUGAUAUACCCAGGUGGACAUACCAGCAUACUGUAGGAGCUGCACUGUUUGUAAAAUACUGAGCUUUGCUUUGUGUGUUAGCAAAACUACAAUACAAAGGGCUUUGUAUUUAUCUGAAGUGCUUCCUAUCCACUGAGCAAAGAACAAAUGUGCACAAAGCACAUUAGGCUCCCGACUGAUUGUACUUGUAUUAUGAACACAGCAGCUGCAGUAACAGAUGGUUAUAAAGAGAGUUUUAAAGCAACGAGACUGUAAAAUAUUAACAGAAGAGAAAGAUAAGAUUUGGAAAGAAGUGGUAGCAAGAAACAAAAUACAUUUACAUAGAAAAAUACCCAAAAAUAACAAACAAACUAGUUAGUUACCUUCAACCAGUGUGAACCAUCACAUCAUUCAACACAGACUUUCAAGUAGCUGCAGACAAAGUUUGCUCUCCUGUCAUCAUCUCUGCAGUAAACUACAUGCACACAUCAUUAUUCUGUGGAAGAUGUAAGUAUUGAUGGCCACUGUGAUGUUGUCUCGGCUGGAACAGUUUUGCACUGACAGUUCUAAACUAACUAACUAUGCAUUUGAGUGAAUAUUGAAUCGCGACCCGUGCACUGUCUGUACUUUUGCGGCGCCGACUGGAGCUCUGAAUCAGAGGCUCGAGCGUCAGCGAAACACCAUGAAUGGGAAUUCUUACUCUGUAUGUAUUUCUGUAUACAAGCUGCCUUUGCCUUUGCCUGAACUUUUGUACAUUAUAAAUGACUUUAUUUUCAAUGAAUGUCAUCUUACUAGACUAUUUACAGUACCUGCUUCAUUGCUAAUUUAUUCUGUAAAUAUUUGAUUUCAAAUAUAUUGUUGAAACCAUA